GUAGUAGAAUUCCUUCUUCCAACUUUUUACUGAAGUAGGAUUCCUUCUUCUUUAAGGAUUCUAUUUUUGUUGUUGUUGACAGGUUCUCGAAGAUGGCACACUUCAUUCCAUGCAUAAAACUGACGAUGCAACCAAUAUUGCAGAUCUAUUCUUCAAGGACGUUGUUCAUUUACAUGGCAUUCCAAGGACUAUCGUUUCUGAUUGUGAUGUCAAGUUCUUGAGUUACUUUUGGAAGACAUUGUGGGGAAAGCUGGGAACUAAGCUACUGUUUUCAACUACUUGUCAUCCACAAACUGAUGGACAAACAGAAGUGGUUAAUAGGACGUUGUCAACCUUAUUGCAUUCUAUUAUUCAGAAGAACUUGAAGAAUUGGGAAGAGUGUUUGCCGCAUGUUGAAUUUGCUUAUAAUCGGAGCGUCCAUUCGGCAACUAACUGUUCGCCAUUUGAAGUUGUGUAUGGUUUUAAUCCACUCACUCCUUUAGAUUUAUUGCCUUUACCUAUUGACGAACAAGCUAGUUUGGAUGGGAAAAAGAAAGCUGAAGUGGUUAAGCAACUGCAUGACAGGGAGCGAUUCCCUGCACAAAGGCGUUCUAAGCUGCAACCAAGAGGCGAUGGACCAUUUCAAGUGAUUGCGAGGAUUAAUGACAACGCAUACAAGUUGGAGCUUCCUGGUGAGUAUAAUGUUAGUGCUACUUUUAAUAUUUCUGAUCUUUCUCCUUUUGAUGUAGGUGACGAUUUGAGGACAAAUCCUUUUGAGGAGAGAGGGAAUGAUGGGAAUCAAGACGACAGCAUAUCUACUAUGUCAUGUGAUCCAUUACACACCCAAGGAGGUCCAGUCACGCAAGCUAGAGUUAAGAAGAUACGUGAAGCUUUAAAUGGCCUUAUUGAGCAGAUCUGGGUUGAAAACAACAUACAACAAGCAAAUCGAAGCUUGGAUGAUUAUCAAGGCAUGAUAAACAUCAUUCAGGUUCAAGAGAAGCUUAAUUGAGGUCAUUUUUGUUAAAUUACCCAGUUUGCGUCAAUCUCGCAAUUCUGUCACAAUUUGUAACAAACUGAUAUUUCAUGU